CCUCAUUUUCUAAGGCACAAUGGUGAAUAUGUGUACAAGGUCUCUCCUAUAUUAUUAGUUCUGCGCAUUUUAAUAACGAAAAUUCUACCAUGCCGUAGUCGAAACAGCGGAUUUAAAUCCGUCGGCUUCACUGACCAAUAGGAAGAGAGUUUAACCAAGGGUUUCACAAGUCAACUUAUGUGAAGGGAAAAGAAGAAAACAAUAAAAAAUAGUGAGAAAAAAAUUGGAAUUGUAAUGGAAGCAAGCAACACAUGGUGUAUUUUUUUAAUGGAAGUAUAACAUUGUUUUUCAUUUUUAUUUGUCAAUGUCUUUACUUAUUCAAAUGUACCAACGUCAUUUACAUGGUUGAGGGAUUAUCAAAUCCCUUUAACACAUGGUCAACGGUUCAAUAUCAUGCUAGUGCAUAUAUAAGAUUACUUGUUUGUUAGGAGUGUUUAAUAUUAUAUCUACUUAUAUGUAGUAACUUCUACUAAAGCCUUAAAAUAACUUGAGUUGAGUUCAUUUCCAAAGUAAGCAUGGGGUUUGAGUUUAGUAAUAUUCUCAUAUCAACUAUCCUUGGUUUCCUCUUGUUCAUGGUAAUCAAAUUUAUUUGGAGAUCAAAAACUAAGAAAACAACCUACAAACUGCCACCAGGACCAAGAAAACUUCCUCUCAUAGGCAAUAUCCACCAACUUGGAACCUUACCUCAUCAAGCCCUAGCAAAAUUAGCACAAGAAUAUGGAUCUCUAAUGCAUAUGCAGCUUGGUGAGCUUUCUUGCAUAGUUGUUUCAUCUCAAGAAAUGGCAAAAGAGAUAAUGAAAACACAUGAUCUCAACUUUGCAAAUAGGCCUCCACUUCUUUCAGCAGAAAUAGUCACUUAUGGAUAUAAAGGAAUGACUUUUUCUCCACAUGGUUCCUAUUGGAGGCAGAUGAGAAAAAUUUGUACUAUGGAGCUACUAUCACAAAAUCGAGUCGAGUCUUUUAGAUUACAAAGGGAAGAAGAAUUGGCAAAUUUUGUCAAAGAUAUAAAUUCAAGUGAAGGGUCACCUAUAAAUCUUAGUGAGAAGCUUGAUUCAUUGGCAUAUGGGUUAACAUCAAGGACAGCUUUUGGUGCAAAUGUUGAAGAUGAAGAUAAAGAAAAAUAUAGGAAAAUUAUAAAGGAUGUUUUAAAGGUGGCUGGAGGGUUUUCGCUUGCGGAUUUGUAUCCUUCAAUUAGAAUUCUUCAAGUUCUUACAGGAUUAAGGCAAAGAAUUGAGAAGCUCCAUGGUGAAACGGAUAAGAUACUAGAGAACAUUGUAAGAAGUCAUAGAAAAAAGAAUCUGGAGACAAAGGCUAAGGAAGAAAAAUGGGAGGAUCUAGUUGAUGUUCUUUUGAAGCUGCAAACCAAUAGUGAUCUGGAGCAUCCCAUAUCAAAUAACGUUCUCAAAGCAACAAUUUCGGAUAUCUUCGGUGCUGGAAGCGACACGACAUUCACAACUCUAGAAUGGGCAAUGUCAGAAUUGAUUAAAAAUCCACAGGUAAUGAAGAAAGCGCAAGCUGAAGUAAGAAGUGUCUAUAAUGAAAAAGGGUAUGUGGAUGAAGCAAGUCUCCACAAACUCAAAUACUUAAAAUCAGUUAUUACAGAAACAUUGCGUCUACAUGCACCGAUUCCAUUGUUACUUCCAAGGCAAUGCAGUGAAAAAUGUGAAAUUAAUGGAUAUGAAAUACCUGCAAAAAGCAAGGUCAUUGUUAAUGCCUGGUCAAUAUGUAGAGAUUCAAGAUAUUGGAUUGAGGCGGAGAAAUUUUUUCCUGAAAGAUUCAUCGAUAGUUCAGUUGAUUACAAAGGUGUGGAUUUUCAGUUUAUACCAUUUGGUGCUGGGAGAAGGAUGUGUCCUGGCAUGACAUCCGGUAUUGCAAGCUUGGAAAUCUCACUUGCAAAUUUGCUUUUCCAUUUUGAUUGGAGGAUGCCUAAUGGGAACAACGCUGAUGACCUAGACAUGGAUGAAUCCUUUGGAUUGGCUGUUAGAAGAAAACAUGAUUUACGGUUGGUUCCUACUGCUUAUCAUUCCUCAGGUUAAGAUAAUAACGUCGGUAAAAAUUAUUAAUAAUGUUAAUUUUCUUUGUUGAAUAUGGUAUACUUUGAUGGCAUAUUCUCUUGUGCUCCUUGUACAUAUAUAGUGAAUGUAAUAAUUUGCUAUUCUGUCAUUGUCAAUAAAGUCUGGAUACUCCAAAAUAGAAGAAGUAUCCGUGUUGGACACGUAUCGAUUAAGAAAUAUGAGUUUGUCUAAUAUGGAUUUAAGUAAUUUUCAUAGUCAUAGAGCACAUGCAAUUCUUGAAAGGCAAUUGGAUUUUCUCUUGUGCGAAGAGCAGCUGAAACUCCUAACAGACAUGUCUCAGUAUUAUCAACGUAACUAACAAGGUCAUAUCCAACGAGCAAUGGAUUGAAUUUCACUUUCCAUGUCGGAUAGUUUGUGCCAUUGAGUUUGAAAGAUGAACGAUUGUUAAUGGUUACAAGAACUAUUUGAAAGGUGGUGGUGGAAUGUAAUUCGACAUACAAGUCUGUAAAAGGAUCAAUUUAUCUGUUAAGAAAAUGCUCUGAUUACCAUGAA